ACGAUCUGCCUGAUGGCGCCCAGCAAUUGGCGGGAGGGCAGGCGUGUGUAAAUCGAGGGAGGAGAGACAGACCCUGUAGCUACAUCAAUCACACGUGCGCCACUGAGACUUCAUCCUCCGUCAAGGGUAAACGUGGGAGGUAAAGAGACCUUCCGCUGCGUAAAUCCAGCUCGACCCGGAAACAAAAUCUUUUUUAAAACUACACUCUUGGAGGGGCGGGAGGAAUUGACGUGUCGGGAAAACUGGAAGGCUUCGCAGGUUGCUAAGCAACGAGGCGGAAGAGCGCGCGCGCGCCUUAUCCACUGAGGAGUACCUGAGGGAUCUGCGGCGCCGGUAGCUCCGAGACUGAGGAGACCGAGUGAGCUCCCCGCGCCCUCCCGGGUCCUCCUUUACUAGCCACGGGACUCUCCGCCCCUGGUAGUGUCCGGUGACGAGGCGAGGGGUUUGCCGGGACGCCUCCUUUGAGGCGGCCGGGGGCCGCGCGUCUUCCCUACUCCGGGGCAGGACAGAGAAUUUUUUCUGCCAUCAGAUGUCUUUCUGCUUGACUGAACUGCACCUGUGGUCUUUGAAGAAUACCUUACACAUUGGGGAUAGAGACAUUGGGGUCUAUCAGUAUUAUGACAAGAAAGAUCCACCAGUGACAGACCAUGGUAACUUAGAGGAAAAGCAGAAGCUGGCAGAAUCACGAGAUUAUCCAUGGACUCUUAAAAACAGACGCCCAGAAAAACUUCGAGACUCACUCAAGGAGUUGGAGGAGCUGAUGCAAAACAGUCAGUGUGUGCUGAGCAAAUGGAAUAACAAAUAUGUCUGUCAGCUUCUGUUUGGUUCAGGUGUGCUGGUGUCCCUAAGCCUUUCUGGGCCGCAGCUGGAGAAAGUGGUGAUUGACAGAAGCCUGGUGGGGAAGCUCAUCUCAGACACCAUCAGUGAUGUAUUAUCAAUUUUUUUCUUUUUCUUAGCUCUUCUCACAGACAGCUUUAUCAUCUUAUCAUUUUUUGCACAAAACAAACUAUGUUUUAUUCAGUUUACCAAGAAGAUGGGUUCUCCUGAUGUAAAUAAAAGACUGGAAAAACUCUCAGCCUUGGAUUAUAAGAUUUCCUAUUAUGAAAUACCUGGCCCAGUAAACAGGACAACAGAGCGUCGUCUAGCUAUCAAUUGUGUUCAGGAUAUAGUUGUUUGCUGGUGGCCACUGGUCAGUGAUGAUGCUUGGCCUUGGGCCCCCAUUUCUUCUGAGAAGAACAGAGCCAAUCUCCUGCUCCUGGGUUAUGCUCAAGGAAGACUGGAGGUUCUGAGUUCUGUCCGCACAGAAUGGGAUCCACUGGAUGUUCGCUUUGGCACCAAACAGCCUUAUCAGGUGUUGACAGUGGAGCGCUCCAUCAGUGUAGACAAAGAGCCCAUGGCUGACAGCUGCAUCUAUGAAUAUGUUCGGAAUAAAAUCCAUUGUGUAUCAGUCACCAGAAUACCACUAAGAUCAAAGGCCAUUAGCUGCUGCAGGAAUGUUACUGAAGACAAACUGAUUCUGGGCUGUGAAGAUUCUUCACUAAUUCUUUAUGAAACUCACCGUAGAGUGACUCUCUUAGCCCAGGCUGAACUUUUGCCUUCAUUAAUAUGCUGCCACCCAACUGGCUCCAUUCUGCUAGUUGGCAGCAACCAAGGGGAGCUGCAAAUUUUUGAUAUGGCUCUGUCCCCUAUUAACAUCCAGCUUUUGGCUGAAGACCGCUCACCCAGGGAGACUCUGCAAUUCAAUAAAUUCUUUGAUGUUUCCAGUGGUCUUGUUCAAAUGCAGUGGAUAGCUCCUCAGGUUGUUUCUCAGAAGCCUGACAGUGGGGACAUCUAUGAUCUCCUCUUCCUCAGGUUUGACAGAGGACCUUUGGGUGUACUUCUCUUUAAACUUGGUAUCUUCACGCGAGGACAGCUAGGCCUGGUAGACAUCAUCUUCCAGUACAUUCACUGUGAUGAGAUCUGUGAGGCGAUAAACAUCCUGAGCAGUAUGAACUGGGACACCCUGGGCCACCAGUGCUUUAUCAGCAUGAGUGCCAUUGUAAACCAUCUUCUUAGACAAAAGCUCACUCCAGAGAGAGAAGCACAGCUUGAGGCAAGCCUUGGAACCUUCUAUGCUCCAACAAGACCACUCCUGGAUUCAACUGUAUUGGAAUAUAGAGACCAAAUCAGCAAAUAUGCAAGAAGAUUCUUCCACCACUUGCUCAGGUACCAGAGAUUUGAAAAGGCAUUUCUGUUAGCUGUUGACAUUGGUGCUCGUGACCUGUUUAUGGACAUCCAUUACCUUGCACUAGAUAAGGGUGAAUUGGCACUAGCUGAAGUGGCAAGAAAAAAAGCUAGUGACAUUGAUGCAGAAUCAAUAACCUCUGGAGUUGAACUCCUGGGGCCUUUGCACAGAGGUGAUACGCUAAAUGAAGCUUUUGUUGGCCUAUCUUUAGCACCUCAAAGAGAAGACACAUUUCCAGAUAACCUCCCUCACUUUUGUUCAGUCCAUAGACAUAUUAUUCAACAAAGAACACUGAAUGUUUCUUCUAAUGGACAAGUAUUUAACAGAAGGAAUAAACUUGAAAAAGACACCUGUGCUGGAUCUUUGAUGCCUAAGACCUGUAACGAAGAAGGUAAUGGUAUCCAAGUUACCCAAAGUAUUCAAAGUGUAACAGAAAAACAAUAUUUUAACUGGCAAGAGCUUUCACUAAAUGAAUAAAUUAAGAAAACCUUGGGCAUUUCUAGUUGGUGGUUAUAAGACUGCUCUUGGUUGGUAUAAUAUAAAAUACCAAGUUACCUGAUUAUAACAAAGGCUUACAUUUAAUGAGCAUACAAAUAAAUUUGGGGACCUCUUAAAAUGUUGAUUCUCAUUCAGUAUUUCUGGGGUGGAGCCCAUGAUUCUGAAUUUCUAAAAAGCUCUCAAGUGAUGUGUAUGCUGCUAGUCUUGAGAUUAUACGUUGAGAAGCCAGGCUCUGCAAGUCACUGAGAAAAAUGGCAUGAUUCUUGCCCAAUUUAGUAAGAAAGAAAUGUACAUAGUAAGUACUAUAACAUAAGGCAGCCAUGCGAUAUACUCCCUAAAAGUGGUACCAUAAAAAAGCAUGAGGAGGUAACAGAGGAAUCACUUCCAGCCAAGAUGUUCAGCUGAGAGGUGGCCUUCAAAGGUAAGUGGAAUUUCAACAUGCAUAAGAAAUUAUGAAAAUAAGACAGCACAAAUGACACAUAGAUGACUACCUGUGAAGGGACAAAAAUAUUUAAAAUCUGAAUGUUCUCACUUUGUCCCCUUUUCCCUUUCCCCUAAAGAUGAAUCUAAGCUUGGCAUACUCGUUUUCUUACCUUUGUCUCUGAGAAUGGGUCAAUUCUCCUAAACUAAUAAGUUUUGGAGACUUUGAAAUGCAAAAUUUGGAAGAAAUGAAGAUACACAGAAGGACAAGAGAGGCAUGUGGAGUUAACAGGCUUUAUAUUAAGUUUUUCUUCUGGAUAGCCUAGGGAAGGAAAUGCAUGAGAGCAACUUCAGCAUCUAAGGGAAGUGGAUAGUAGUGAAAAAGAAUCUUUGAGAAGUAUUGCAUAGUGUCAAGCAUAUAGCAGUUGUUAAGAUUUUUUUUCAUAAACUGAAGUCUACCAACUGCCUGUCACAAGCCUAUAUAAUACAUGGUCCCAACUCCAACCCAAUACUGUUCACUUCACCUCUUCAGUUCUUCUCACCUACGAAAUCAAAAUUUCAAUGGAAUGAAUCUCAUAAAGAUAGGCAGUUGAAUAAAUAAUUUAAAGUGAUUCUUUUGGCAUUAAUGGUUUAAAGAUACAUGACUCUCAGUAGAAAAAAUGGUAUUUUCUAAGUUUGUUUCCCUUUGAAUUUGAUGAAAAGUAUGGAGUUAAGAGUAUUCAACAAGGUCAGCAGUAAAGUUAAAAUUAAAAGUUGACAGUUACUAAUAAGAUGGCAGACUAGGAGGUUCCCAGCCCUCAUUCCCACAUAGAAAAAAAGAUUUGGCAACCAUCCACAAACAAAAGGAUCAUUGUGGGAGCUUCAAAAUCCAGGUAGGAAGUUGCAAUACCCCAGUAGAGUACUGCACUGAGGAAAGACACUUUUAAGAAAGCAAGCCCAUGCUCUGGUAGCAGGCCUGCUAAAUACAGACCCAGCUACAGAUCCAGGAGCAGCCCAAUCCCCCUAUGGAUGUGGCUCCAGCCCCACUCAGCUGUGGUCACAUACCAACCCUGCCCACCUGCAGACCUGGUAGGAAGCACACCCACUUGGGACCCAAGUAACAGACCUGCCCACUGCAGACCUGGAAGCAACCCCAUGACCAACUCCAACUGCUCAACCAUGGUCCUGGAGGCAGUUUCAUCCACCCAGGGACCUGGGAGGAGGCACAGCAAUCUGUGCCCCAAGUAGUAGGCCUGCCAGCUAUGGACCCAGAAGUAGCCCCAUGACCUGGCCCUGGCACUGCUCAACUGCAGUCCUGGAGGAAUGCCCUCCAUCUGGUGACCUGACAGGAAUAUGUCUUUACCUGCCAAAAAUAGCCUCUAAAGAAUGAAAGAGGUUCCUGCUCCUUCAAAUGCACAGACACCAACACAAAGCUAUAAGGAUCACAAAGAAUCAGGCAAACAUGACACCAGCAAAGGAAAUUAAUAAACUUCCAGUAACCAACCCUAAAGAAAUGGAGAUCUAUGAACUGCUUGAUAAAAAAUUCUAAAAACUCAUCUUAAAGAAGCUCAAUGUGCUAAAAGAGAACACAGAUAGAUAACUAAAGAAAACCAGGAAGACAAUACCUGAGAAAAAUGAGAAGUUGAAACAGAAACCACAUACACAAAAAAACCCCCGGAAACCUAGAGCUGAAGAAUACAAUGAUUGAACUGAAAAAUUCAGUAACUUCAACAGAAGAAUCAAUCAAGCAGAAAAGAAUCAGCAAACUUGAAGAUAGAUCAUUUAAAAUUAUUCAUUUAGAGGAACAACAACAAAAAGAAUGAAAAAGAGUGAAGAAAGCCACGGGACUUAUGGGAUACCAAUAAGGAACCAAUAUAUGCAUUAUGGGAGUCCCAGAAGAAAAAGAGAGAGAGAGAAAGGAGCCAAAAACUUAUUUAAAGAAAUAAUGGUUGAAACACCCCCAAUCUAGGGAUGGAAAUGGACAUCCAGAUUCUUGAAGUGAAAAAGGCUUCAAAAAAAUUGAACCCAAAGGGGUCUUCAUGAGACACAUUAUAACUAAAUUGUCAAAAUUAAAUUGUCAAAGACAAAGAGAAUUAUCACAGCAAUGAGAGGAAAAUGACUUGUCAAAUACAAAGGAGUGUAAAAGGAAUAGCCCAUAAGACUAUUGGUGGAUUUUUGAGCGAAACUCUGCAGUCCAGAAAAGAGUGUGAUUAAAAAACUGCCAACCACAAAUAUUUUACCUGGCAAAACUGCCUUUAAGCAUGAAUGAGAGAUAGAAACUUUUCUAGACAAACAAAAGCUGAGGGAGUUCAUCACAUUAGAUCUGCCUUACAAGGAGUGCUAAAGGGAGUUCAAGUUAAAACAAAAAAAUGCUAAACAAUAACAUGAAAGCAUAUGAAAGUAUAAUUCUCACUACUAAAGGAAAUAUAAAGACCAACACCAUACUGUAAUACUGUAAUGGUGACACAUAAAGCACUUGUAAUACUAGCAUAUAAAAUAAAGACAAAAGUAGUAAGAAUAACUAUAACCACUGAAAUUUGUUAAUGGAAACAUAAUACAGAAUGAAGUAAAACUGGCAUCAAUUGAUGAAGUGUGUGUGAGAGAGAAGAAGUAAAGAAUAUACUUUCUGUAUGCAAUUGAAGUUAUUAGCUUAAAAGAGACGGUUAUAACUAUAAAAUGUUUAAAGCAAGCCCAGUAGUAACCACAAAAAUAAAAAGUCUAAUAGAUACAACAAAUAGAAAGAGAAAAGACUCAAAGGAUACUACUACAAAAAAAUCAUCAAACAAUAAAGCAAGGCAAGCAAAGAAGAGAGGAACAAGAGAACUACAAGACAGAAAAUAAUUUAAAAAUGGCAAUAGUAACUCCUUUCCUAUCAAUAAUUAUUUUAAAAUAAAUGGACUUAGUUCCUCAAUCAAAAGACAGAGAGUGACUGAAUGGAUAAAAAAAUAAGACAAUCACAUGCUGUCUACAAGAUACACACAUUAGAUUUAAGGACAUAUAGGCUAAGAGUGAGAGGGUGCAGAAAGAUAUUCCAUGCAAACGGUAACCAAAAGAGAGUAGGAGUCACUAUAUCAGACAAA